GUCAGUAGCCUGCAUUUCUGUUUUCCAACCUCUUGGAUGGAAGCAGCAAAAGACCUGAUGGAGGUCCAAUGUGGUCAAGACCUUUUGGCUGCCUUUGGCAUAGGUCUUUCCUAGGAGUGCUUUAUAAGAACUCUUCCAAGCAACCCUGUUCAGACCAAUGUGACAACAGCAGUACUUAGUAAUAAGAGAGCCUGCUUACAGAGAAGCAAUAAAACACGCAGUAUUUAUAAGGGAGUGUUCUCCAGCGUCUAUUGGCAACACCUGCUCUCCGCUCUCCUGCUUCCUUGCUGUCUGCUUCUCCUGUUUUGGCCUCACGCUGGAGGAUCACCAAGAAGAUGAAAACUCCACGGCGAUAUCACGGCUACAUUCUUCUGCCCAACCUGUUAGAAGAACCACUGUCUCUAGAGUCAGAAGAUUCAUCUGAAGAGGAAGAGGACCCAGUCAGGACAAGCCCAGAUGACCCAGCCUUGUUCACAGAAGAAUUUCAUCAGCCUGUGCUGAAUGGACAAAGCAACAUCAUGCACUUAGAUCAAAUACAGAAGCUUGCACCACACUUGCCUGUACGAGUGACAGGACACCCGUGGAACCUCAUCUACUGUACCGCACGGGAUGGGUUUAGCCUGAAGUCUAUGUAUCGGAGCAUGAGUGACUUGGCUUCCCCCGUGUUAUUGGUUAUCAGAGAUACUGAUGGCCAGAUAUUUGGUGCCUUUUCUUCCACAGCCAUUCAUGUCAGCAGCUGCUUCUAUGGCAAUGGAGAAAAUUUUCUCUUCUCCUUCACUCCACAACUGAAGGUAUUUAAAUGGACAGGUAAAAAUACCUUCUUCAUGAAAGGAGAUGCAGAUGCUCUGGCAAUUGGUGGAGGCAGUGGCAAAUUUGGAUUGUGGCUAGAUGGGGAUCUUAACCAUGGAGGAAGUCAUCCUUGUGAGACAUUCAACAAUGAGGCUCUAUCUCCUAAAGAGGAAUUCCUCAUCCAAGACUUGGAAGUUUGGGCACUCUCUUAAACCAAAGGGAAAAAAUGUAUCAAGCUUCCCAUAGUGUGGACAUGAGUACAAUGGGAUCAAGAUUUAACAAAGCAUUCCUCUUGGUGUGGAUUCACAACUUCCCUUCAACGGAGCAUAAACCUGUCGCAGAUUUCCCGUCUAUAAAUUGACCGGGAAGAAAAUAUCAAAACAUCCCACUAAUGUUCUCAGUUAUUCCCUUCUGAAAUACUCCCCCCUCCUCAAGUCAGAAAUGCUAUUUUCCAGUGUUAUGCUCCUAGAAAGAUGAGCUAGGUGGGUUGCUUCAGUGCCUUAAACUUGCUAUUUGGUCUAUUCAUUCCAGCAUAAGGAUGACUGAUAAUCUGCACAAAAUCAAGAAAAGAAUUUCUAAUACUUACGUUGUAAACUAUACAAAAUAUUGUCACCCUUUAUUGGAGGAAGAGCCUGGACUGUUCAUUGCCAUACAUGUUACCUACCUUACUGAGGUGCAGAUCAAGCUAUCAAAGAAUGGACUAAACUUCCCAUUAUUAUUUUUGCUAUUAUGUACCUUCAUGUUGAUACUGUAGUUCUCUUGACAAAGCUUUAUUCAAUGAGGUUCACCACUAUCCUUAAUUGUAUAUAGCUCUCCCUUUACUCUUCCUGAUUCUAUUAAGAGUGGCAGAAAAAUACAGUAUCCUGUGAUUACUCUAUACAGGCAUUAGAAUGUGAAAGCUCUGGUCAAGUUUUCUUAGAGAAGUUUUCUCUAGUUGUGUAAAAACAUGCCUCUGUUGCUCAACAAAUUAAACUCAUAGCAUAAUGCUAUCACUGAAGAA